CUACCCUGAUUUGGAUCUCCCUGCUUCCUUCAUUUGCUCAUUUACCUCAAUUUUUUUAUUUUUUAUACCUCACGAAGCAUUCACAGACACCUCAGGGACGAGUCUUCCUGCAUGCACAACGCCAGCUAUCAGCCACUCUCUUCCCUUAGAGUCUUCACAGCCUUACUUUAUGCUUGGAAGGAUCGUAGUUUUGAAAGAUCUUUAUAGAGACCUUAAUAAAUGUUCUGACCAGGACAUAAUGAAUUAUGGUAUUUCCAUGACAGCUCUGAAGGAAGUGCUCUCGAACCUACAAGGCAAAUCAGCAAUUGAUGAACCAGAUUCUGGCAUCGGGAAACAAGAGAAAGUAAAUGUGACAAGAGAUACUGGAAAUGAGUCUGAAGUGCAACAGGCUCUUUGUCCUCCUGAAAUGAGAAAGGUUGUCAGUAAGGGAACUCUUUGGAGAAGACAGGUCUGUGCUGUAACAAGACUUCACUUCUUAAAAUUAAGACAUGAAAGGAAAACUCUUUUGUCCUUGAUCAAAUAUCGAAGAUCUUAUGCAUUCGCUACUGUGUCAGGAUAUAGUUUUGGAAGUAGAUGACUUUAGCAAUAGAAAUGGCUCAGAUGAUCCUUCACACAAUGGAGACAUCAUAGUGUCUGGUGAGCAGAAGGUGUGUUUGCCAUUAUGUACAGUUUUAUCAUGAUUUUUUUUUUUUUGCCACAUUCUAAUACUUUGAACUAUAGAAGGGCAACUCAAUCAUUCAGGGUCAUUUAUUUACUAUAAAAGCAAUGUAUUUUAAUAGAAAAAUUCAAACAUGACUACAGUAUAGAAUAUAGAACAGCAGUCCCCAGAUUGGAUUAAAGAUGGCGGCCGAGUAACAGCUUCCCUGCAACUGGGAACAGCGAGUCUGAGGAGACAAGACUCCAGGCAUCUCUGGCAGGUGGGAUCUGCCUAUAAUCAUCCCUUUGUGGAUACAGGGAGCCAGCAAGGGACUUCUGGACCCCAAGAGGAGGACAAAAACAGUGGAAAACUGGCGAGUGGUUGCAUGUGUUCGAUUGACCUAAUCACGCUGGUAACCGUAAGUACAAGCAGCAGUGAGACUGCAAACUGGAAAGGCCUUACCUGUGAACUGUUUCGGUGUUCUUGGACUUGGCACUCAGUUGAACUGCCUUGGGGAGAGCUUGAGCAGGAGUGUGAAGAACUUUGGGCAUUGUCUGGGGCCCCAGACUGAGCCACUGAGCUGGGCACA